AUUCCUGUCAGGAUUUUGUUUUCAGGCUAAUUCCAAGGCUAUUGGGACUCUGCGUUGUUUCCAUGUGAAUAAGAAUAAAAUAGAUCCUCAUCAGUAUCUCCCUGAGCUGCGCCCUCCAGAGAUAUAAAUCUGCUCGGUGUGCUUCUGUGGACUGCUCCCAAGUGUCAGGACCCACAGCAGCAGAGCAGAAAUGCUCCCCAACACCUCGCCCUGCUCCUCCGUACGCUCUGCUUAGGCUCUGCCAUUUUGCAGCCAUGCAUCAUAUCUGUCUGCAGCUCACAUGUGCAUGAUCUCCAUGGCGACUUGGGCACUCGAGGUAGAAAUACGAGCUGCAUCAUCUCCCCCUGUUGUCCAUCGACAUAAAAUGCAGUGUUCUGGAACAUGAGAAAGGCAAUACGUUUCCUCCAGUUCUUUGUAAGCUGAUAUGAAGUAGACAGACACCUUCUGAAGUUUUGUGCAUGCUGUGCUCUUUUUUUCUUUGCUGCAACAAGAAAAGCCUUUUCUUUUAACCUGGCUUCCUUUGAAGAAGUAACUCAGGAAGCUUCAUGGCCUCUCAAGAAUCUGAAGGACAAACAAACCCAGUCUUUAAGGACUACCUUCCUGGUUCUUCUGACCUGUCAGAGCAGGACAAGCCUGCUGAGCCUGCAGGCCCCUGGAAGCAAGCCUCACACAUGCAUAACUUACCACCUGGACUGGAGUACCUGAACCAGGUCCAGAAUCUUUCCCAAUGCUGGAACUGUUCUGUUUCAUCAUGGACUCCUUUGCUUGACCGGAUCAUUAUUCAUCAGCAGGUGGAGCUCCUUGAAGCCAUACUUGGCACAGAGACCUGCAGCAAAUAUGAGAUUAAAAACCAUUUGGGACAAAGAGUUUACUUUGCAGUGGAAGAAAAUGGUUGCUUCAAUCGUAACUUGUGUUCACCUAUAAGGUCUUUCACCAUAAGGAUUGCUGAUAACUCUGGCCGAGAGGUGAUUACAGUGAAUAGACCCUUGAGAUGCAACAGCUGCUGGUUCCCUUGCUUCCUGCAAGAGUUAGAAGUUCAGUCCCCACCAGGUACAGUAGCUGGUUACGUUGUACAGAACUGGGACCCGUUUCUGCCUAAGUUUACAAUACAGAAUGAAAGUAAAGAAGAUGUACUAAAAAUAAUUGGCCCAUAUGCAACUUGUGGCUGUUUUGAAGAUGUUGACUUUGAGGUAAAAGCCCUCAAUGAAAUGUCGACGAUUGGCAAAAUUUCCAAGUACUGGUCUGGAUUUGUAAACAAUGUCUUCACCAACACUGCCAACUUUGGGAUCCAGGUCCCAGUAGAUCUUGACGUGAAAAUCAAGGCAGUGAUGAUCGGUGCAUGCUUCCUCAUCGACUUAAUGUUCUUUGAAAACUCUCUGGAUGGCUUCUAACAAGAUGACAGAAACAAUAAAAUAUGCAGAAUGUGUUUCAAAAUCUCUUGAGCUUUGGACAUGAUUUUGAACUGCACAAAUCCUUGUUCCUUAUAGGAAAUGAAAGGGAGCUAAUGAUGUUGUUUAUUAAAAUAUAUCUCUUGUAAAUAAUAAUUUCCCACUUACAUUUUACACGCGUUGUAGCUAAACAUAUACUUUUCCCACAGAGCACUGUUCCAAAGGAACAGUGCUAUUCUCUUCUUUCUCUUUUGAUCUUCCUGCAUGGGAAAUCAUGAAAGAUUAGACGAAGCCUUGCAGCAUCACUGAUGAAAGUCUCUGUUUAAAGAACUCUUUGAUGCUGUGUGAGUGCUGGUACCAGUUACUAACCACAUGAGGGUGUGUUGUGAGGGAUUUGGUUUAGCUUUUUCAUAAUUUUAGUAGUCAUUUUCGGAUUUGUUAUUUAAUUAAUAGUAACAAACUGAGUUUGAAAGCAACAAAUAUAAAGACAUCACCCAAUGGGAAGUUCAACAUGGUAUCUAUUUCAGUGAGUUGAAAGAAGGGAUGUUUGCUUGCAAUUUAUUUUAUGGCAAAGAUUUAUUUAAUGAGCUGUGGCCAGAAAUUAGGCUUCCGAUAGUAAAUGGGGGAACUUAAACUCCAUUCAGAAAAUGUGGACUUUUUGCUGUCUGUAUUGAAGGCAGGCAGUAUGGUUUGAGAAAGUCCCCUAUGUGCACACGAAUCACUUAGCUUUUGACCUAUCUAAUGUGAAGCAUUUGUGCUCCUAUCCACUCAAGAAUUUCAUUUAGAAGUUGUUUUUUUUUUCCCGCUCUUCGUAAUAUCUGAUGGUUGAUAACUUCUCAAUUGGCCUUGUCUGAGGCCAUCCAAGAGCAAACACCUCCUUGGAACAGAAUUAUCUUUUCUCUUUGGCAAGCUCAGGUAUUCUCUAUGCUAAAACUGUACAAUAAGAGUUUUCUCUGUUAGGUAAGUUUUAUGUAACUGCUCACUCCUGCAGUCGCAGUAUUUCAUAAUACUGUUCCUAAGCAUUCAUGCCAACACGGGCUCUUAGGGACAACCUGGGGAUUAGGUCCAACUAGCACAGAUUCAUGAAAGGCAGGUCCUGCUUGACCAACUUGAUCUCCUUCUUUGAUCAGGUAACCCACCUACUGGAUAAGGGAAAGAGUUUUGAUGUAGUCUACCCAGGCUUUAGCAAAGCCUUUGACACUGUUUCCCACAGCACUCUCCUGCAGGAGAUGGCAGCCCAUAGCCUGAACAGGUGUGUUCUUCUCUGGGUAAAAAAACUGGCUGGAUGGCCAGGCCCAGAAAGUGGUGGUGAAUGGCAUUGAUUUCAGAUGCUCCUCAGGAGUCAGUUUUGGGGCCAGCCCUGUUUCAAGUCUUUACUGAUUAUCUGGAUGAGGGGAUUGAAUGGAUCAUCACUAAGUUUGCAGAUGCCACUAAGUUUUGGGGAAGUGUUCAUUUGCCUGAGGGUAGGAAGACCCUACAGAGGAAUCUGGUAGGCUGGUUUGAUGGACUGAGGCCAGCAUUCAUUAUAUACAUGCAAGACAUAAACAAAAACAUUUUGUUGCGAAGUAUUUCCUGUAUGAACUUACUUAUGCUUCUCUCAAAAACUUCAAUGAGUUCUUCAAGAAGCAGAGAAGGACCGUAAAAUACUCGUGGUAAGAACAGUUUCCAAGGGGAACACCUUACAAAUCACCUGGAAUGCUAGAUUUUGAAACACAAACUGGUAAUUCAAUUCUUGUAAAUAACCAAACACAUCAACGGAAGGGAGAGGAGAUAAUGAAUAAUUCAUAACAAUGAAAAAGAGCUAAAUUUAUCAGGUGAUUAAUUCUCAACAAAUAUUUAGACUAAUUUUAAUUUAAUGUUCAUGGGUAUGAAUUCAAACACAGUAAAUCCAGGAAGCUGCAACUAACGUUCCCAUAGUGAAAUUAACUCAGGAACGUUCAUAGAUUUAAACAGUAUGUUUUAGAUUAUAUACCACACUUAGGUAUUUAUACACAUUUACAUAUGUCUUGAAAAUAACUGCGGUUAACAAGCUCCGACAAUCAUCAUUAUUUGUUAACCGUUUCACUACCAGCUCUCGCUGUAAUUCCUAGCAGCGGCUCAGGCAACGAUUGGCAGAACAGGAGAACUCCGGGGAGCGCCGCUGUUUUCUUUCCCUGUGCGCUAGCAGUGGGCUUCGUGGGCAAGAAGCUCCCUCCUGUGGAAAUAUAUGGUUUUGCAGAAGGACACAGGUGACGCCAAUUUGCUUUUCUCACUAGUGUAAUUCUAUUGAAUUCAGUCCUUUCACUCCUAAAUUCCCCUAAUUCAAAUUGAGAAAAAGAACCAGAUUCCUAUUUUAUUUUAUCCUUUGAAAUCGCUUUGCUACCUUAGACACGAGCAGCUGUCCUUGCAGCCACAGUGUUGCUUCUUACACCAAACCAUGCUCUUGCACUGAUGGUGUGCACAGCCAAAUGCAGUGCCUGCUGAGACCAGCAGCUCCCUUGUUCUUUGCCACUUUUCACUCCCAAUCUCCAGCCUUCUGAUAUCCCUUAACAAGCCAAAGACAUCUCUGAAACAAACAUGUCCAAUUCACAUUGAAUUUAAUAGAGCUGUCUUUACCUGCAGGGCCAUCAAUGUCCUUGUAGGUUAGCAAUGUGUGCUUGCACACGUUUUCUUCUAUAUUGCAACCAGAUGAUGGAAUUGUAGUUCUUGCACUUUUUUCUUGCUGUUUUUGUGUGUUAGUCUGCUUUAUUCUUGGAAACAAACAAACAACAACACUUGCAUAUGUGUAUGUAUGAAUGCCUCGUUCAAACCCAGUGGCAGCCUCUGGUAUGAUCCAGAACUGCCUCAGCCUCUGGACAAAGCAAAGCACGGGGACUGCGACUGCUCUUCCUACCAAGGAGAACUUCCUUGGCAGCCUGCUUGGCCUUAGUACUACCCCUCAGUAUCCUGGAAGAAAUACAGUGCCAAUGCCAGCACUUUUUCAACUAGAAAUUCCCUACUUAUAAGGGAUGAGAAUUCAGGCUCACCAAAGAUGGAGUUUGAUGUGAUAGCACCAAAGAAAAUUAACAUUAUUUUAAAAAAAAAUAAAAUCUGCAGCUGUACAAACUUUCUUACUAACAGCAAUGUAUUUCACAUUUUGGGUGCUCUUUACAAAACUCACAUUUCUCAGUUCCCCAGUGGCUCCGAACCCCAAAGAAGAAUUCAGUACUUCCCACAGGGACAGGUACAGUCUAAAGUAGAUGCACGUCCUGAACUUCUAUACAGAAAUACUUUUGUUCUAGUCAAAACCUUAAUUCAGCCAAGUGACCAGUUUCCUGCUCCAUAGCUAGCUGCUGUGUUGAUCUGUGUGAUAUGCAGUUUUUGUGCUCAGUAGAUGGCAGCAACAGUUCAUUAAUAGAACGGCUUUCACAGACCACAAGGUGUACUCAGGACACUGAGUAAAGAUCAACACACUUUUAACCUCUUAUUUCUCCCUUAACUGAAGAUUUUUUUUCUUUGUUGCCUGAUAUAAAACCUUUGGUACAAGAUGCUGGCUUGUUCUUAUCGCCUGCUUUUUAUAGCUGGAUUACAGGUGACAAAUAUCUCAUGAGGUAACAUGGGCAGGAGCCAGUCUAUGUCAAAGAGAGCAUUUCCUUUGGUCAGCCUCAAACCUAUCUUCUGCACCUGGAAUAUCUCUCUAUCUUCCUCGGGUGGAGGGAGAAGCUCUGAUUCCAGGGCACUCCCCACCUUCUGCAGAAACAAAAUGCUGUGUCUAAAAGCAGCUGCUUUGUGGUUUGCUCCCUAGAAGAACGGGGACUUUCUAUGGGUAAAAUACCUUUGUUCCUGUCCCAUAUCAUCAUGGUGCCUUGCAGUGUGCUGUCCUGGGGCAGAGGGUGGAAACCCCCAGUACUGCCACAACCCCAGAUGACAACGAUACCUGGGAAGAGAGCAACACAGCAUCUCUGUAAGCUCUGAGAUCUUCUGGUUAUCUAAUAUAUUGGGGAUAUGAAAGUAUGUCUCUUUGAAGAUGUUGUACAAUCAAAAAAAAAACAAAAAACUUUUUAAUUUCCUUGUUCUAUAAUUAGACAAACGUGGAAAUGAUCCCAACACAAUGUUUUCUAAUUGAGGUAAGUGCUUCCUGUAUUGAGAGAAAAAAAAAAAAUUCUUCCUAUUUGACUCUCUUCUUAGUUGUAUUGCUUUCUUUUCAAUCAGGAUGAUAUAUUCUAAGUUAGAAUCAUGCAUAUUACUUUAACUCAAAGAGCAGCUACAGGUUUUUAUGUGUACUUUUCUUUCCUGAAAAGUGGCACCCUUGGUGGGGCAGGGGGAGCUGAAGCUUUAGAUCCUUAGGAAAAGUUAGUCCAUAUUCUGUGAAAGGAGAUUUGUUGUUUUUUCUGAAAUGCAAGAUGUUUUGUUAAAUUCAAUCUCUCUUAGGAAUGGCAUCUUCAAAAGCAAAUCGCUCCCAUUAGCAAUUGCCAUGAGACUGACUUGUUUAUUUAUCAGCAGUUAAUUCCUUCACUCCUCUCAUAUGAAGCUAAGAAUCAGUUUGCAAAAGAGAUGAAUACUUAUUUUUUGGACUGAGACAGCCCAGGCUAGAUACAAUUUCCUGCUUUCCUUUCCAUAUUUGUUAAUGUUCUUUUAUUAACACAAUACUAACCUUUCACAAAAUAAAGUUCAGAUAGGCAUGCCCAGUGAUUGUACCCUGAGUACAUCAAUUCCUUUAACUCAAAGGAUAGGAAAUUUUUGGCACUUUGAACAGAGACCUGUAGGUGACUUCCUGAUUGUGCAUCUCCAGAAUUGCCGCUGAAAAUUAAGCUAAAUUCACAAUUAGGUCUUGCAUUCCACUCUCUUGCAAAAAUGAUAACAGAGACCUCUCAUCCCCAUUAUCUUCUGUUUUCUCCUGGCAAAGGAUUAGUAUUUCUGUAGGAAUCAGAGCCCUGUCCUCAUGUAUCCUGAUAGCCUCAAAGUCUACUUGAAAGCUUCAGAUUUGCAUUGAAUUCUCUAUGCUAUAAGUCAUGUCAACAGGGUGUGUUACCUUGGUGUGUUUCUCCACGCUGAGAUACUUCAGGGACUUUUUCACUCCGUGACAACCACAUCAGAAAAGUCAUCUCCUCUAACAGUUGUGUGCAUGUGAGUCCUGCUCUGAAACUGGCUGGAAUGCUGUUGGCAUAAGAAGAUGCAUUUAUAUGGCUAGGAGAAAGAAUCAGCAUACAUCAGACUUGACCCCAUAGUGACCUGCUUGCACAAGCAGCCUCAGCUUUCUCUGAAGCCUUUAGGUCAAUUGUUCUGUCUGCUCUUGUCAGAACUGGGUUUGGCACGUUUUAGGAACAGUGUGUUUAGUUUGAGCUGUCACCACCCUGGUUAGCAUUGUCCCAGUGUUAUGAAAGGUGGAAUGACUGGGAAGCCAGAGAAGCACUUGAUGAAGAUGAAUAAUUGUGAAACAAUAGUGUAACUUCCAGGAAAGACUGAGACCAUCACAGAACAGAGCGGACAUGGAGUGAAGAAGGACAAGUUAAGAAAUAUUGCUGAGAGAAGAUGAUGAAGAAAGAAAAAAUGUUUUAAGAAAAUCAUUGACGACUCGCAGCUCUAUUAUACUCAAGAAUUGAAUCAGGAACUGGAUGGCAAAUACAAUUUAUCACACCAUGUAUUGACCAAGUCCAUCAGAAAUGUGAGUAGGUUUCUUCCAGAAAAAUGUCUGAGAGAAAAAGGAAGGAUAUGCUGCCGUUCUCCUUGACAGGACAAGGACAUCCUUAUGCAGGAAACAACAUUCAUCCCUAUGUCAAACAAGCAUGUUUGUUGAAAUAGAGUAUUUAAAUCUUUGCACAUAUAUAGAUGGAAAACAGCAGCCCUAGCAUGGACUACAGGAUCUAUAGAUCAUCCUGAGUGCAAUCACACGACAUGUGCAAGACAAUCAGGGAAUCAAGCCCAGCCAGCAUAGGUUCAUGAAAGGCAGGUUGUGCUUGACCAGCCUCAUCUUCUCCUAUGACGAGACAACCCACCUGGUUCAGCAAGACCAAGUGCCAUUCCAGCUUGAACUUUAGAAUUACAAAGUAUAGGAGUGCAAUAACUGCCCUCCAAGCACUGCUGUUAGAACAACUCAAGAUGCUCAGAGCUUUUUUUUCAGUUUUCGGGAAACUAUGCACAAA